AUGCGCUCAAGAUACAAAAGUCCUGCGGGCACUGGCAUCGUCGAAAUUGAUGAUGGUGCCACGGUUGAGGUGCUUUUCCAAGCACUGAGGGCGCAAACACUAAUUGAAAAUUUUACAAUCAAGUACGGUCCUCCGACAGGCAUGCAGACUAUUAGCCUUGAACAUCGGGAGCUUGCUGCAGCAAACCUGGGGCUCCACGGCCAGACUCUUACAAUUGUGCCGGGCGAGUCAAAGGCGGAUAUCUCUAACAUACGCCGCCCUCCAGCCUUUGAAUUCAAGCAUGCCGAAGCGACCCUCUCAAAUAUACUUCGGGUUAUGCCUAGCGAUAAUAGUUGCCUCUUCACAGCGUUUGGUGGGGCAUUGCCACAACAGAUUUCCGCUCCGAGUCUCCGUCAAAUGAUGGCUGAUUAUAUCAUUGAGCACCCUGAUAUCUAUAAUGAGGCAAUUCUUGGCUCCUCGCCUGCGGAUUAUUGCGAUAGCAUCAAGGGUCCGGACCGGUGGGGGGGUGGUAUUGAGCUUAGUAUUUUGUCAACCAUAUUUGAUAUUCAGAUAUGCACUUUUGAUGUUCAGGGCCAGCGUCUCAUGAAGUUUGGCGAGGGUAAAAAGGAUAGGUGCAUUUUGGUAUAUUCCGGUAUCCACUACGAUCGUGUUGCGUUUAGCUAUUCUGAGCAUCCCCAUGAUGUAGUUUCUCUGCCGCCUGAAAUGGAUAGGUCGAUUUGGCCGACUGACGACUCAGAGGUGCUGCUUAAGACCAAGAUUCUGGUUGAGCAACUAUUCACAAACCACUAUUAUACUGACACCGAUGGGCUGAUCCUAAAAUGCAAUGAGCAUGGAUGUGAAUGGAUUGGAAAUGGGCAACUAGCGGCUAGAAAUCAUGCUGAGGUUACAGGACAUUCUAACUUGACCGAGAUCGCCGACUGUACGAAAUGA